AUGGCUUGCAAGUCACCUGAGGGAGCUCCAUUUGAGUACAGAAUUGCUGAUAUCAACCUCCACGUCCUUGGCCGCAAGGAACUUACCCUUGCAGAAAAGGAAAUGCCAGGUCUCAUGGUUCUCCGUGAGCGCUAUUCUGCCUCUAAGCCUUUGAAGGGUAUCAGGAUUUCUGGUUCCCUUCAUAUGACAGUCCAGACUGCCGUCCUCAUCGAGACACUCACAGCUCUCGGUGCUGAUGUCAGAUGGGCUUCCUGCAAUAUCUUCUCUACUCAGGAUACAGCUGCAGCCGCUAUCGUUGUUGGCAAGGAAGGCACACCAGAAAAGCCAGCAGGUAUCCCAGUUUUCGCUUGGAAGGGCGAAACCCUCCCAGAAUAUUGGGAAAAUACAUACCGCGCCCUCACAUGGCCAGAUGGCAAGGGCCCACAGCAGAUCGUUGAUGAUGGUGGCGAUGCUACACUCCUCAUCCAGAAGGGCUUCGAGUUCGAAAACGCCGGAGCAGUUCCAGAUCCACAGAAAGGCGACAACUACGAAUACACAUGCGUCCUCGCUGUCCUCAAGCAGGUCUUCAACCAGGACAAGAACCACUGGCACACAGUCGCUGCCCAGAUGAACGGCGUUUCCGAAGAAACAACAACAGGCGUUCAUCGUCUUUACCAGCUCGAGAAGGAGGGCAAACUCCUCUUCCCAGCCAUCAACGUUAACGAUGCUGUUACAAAGUCUAAGUUCGACAACAUCUACGGCUGCCGCCAUUCUCUUAUCGACGGCAUCAACCGCGCAUCUGACGUCAUGAUCGGCGGAAAGACAGCUCUCGUCAUGGGCUAUGGCGAUGUCGGCAAGGGCUGCGCUCAAUCCCUCCGUGGCCAGGGCGCUCGUGUUAUCAUCACAGAAGUCGACCCAAUCUGCGCUCUCCAGGCUGCCAUGGAAGGCUACCAGGUCCGCCGCAUCGAGGAAGUCGUCAAGGAUGUCGAUAUCUUCGUUACAUGCACAGGAAACUGCGAUAUCAUUACAGUCGAUAUGAUGGCUCAGAUGAAGGACAAGGCUAUUGUCGGCAACAUCGGCCACUUCGAUAACGAAAUUGAUACAGAAGGCCUUAAGAACUGCCCAGGCAUCAAGCAUAUCCCAAUCAAGCCAGAAUACGACAUGUGGGAAUUCCCAGAUGGCCAUGCUAUCCUCCUUCUCGCUGAGGGCCGCCUUCUUAACCUUGGCUGCGCUACAGGUCACCCAUCUUUCGUUAUGUCAAUGUCAUUCACAAACCAGACACUCGCUCAGCUCGACCUCCUCGAAAAGAAGGGCAAGCUCGAGAAGAAGGUUUACACACUUCCAAAGCAUCUCGAUGAAGAAGUCGCUCGCCUCCACCUCGGAUCUCUCGAUGUCCACCUUACAAAGCUUACACAGAAGCAGGCUGACUACAUCAACGUUCCAGUUGAGGGUCCAUACAAGUCUGAUGCCUAUCGUUAUUAA